ACCUGACGUACUCCUGCCGAGGAAAUAGGAACUGUCCAAUCGACCAACACCAUAGAAACCAAUGCCAGUACUGCAGACUAAGAAAAUGUCUCAAAAUGGGCAUGAGGAGAGAAGUAUCUGUGCAGAGAGGGCGAGUGCCCCCGACGCAACCAGCGGGGCUCGCGCUGCCCGGCCAGUACGCACUGGCGAACGGCGACCCCUCCGCUGGUCUCAACAGCCACCCUUACCUAUCCUCCUACAUCUCUCUGCUCCUCAGAGCAGAACCUUACCCCACCUCCCGGUACGGGCAGUGCGUCCAGCCAGCCAACGUGAUGGGAAUAGACAAUAUCUGCGAACUAGCUGCGAGGCUACUCUUCUCCGCCGUCGAAUGGGCGCGGAACAUCCCCUUUUUCCCCGAACUCCAAGUGACCGACCAGGUCGCGUUGUUAAGACUCGUCUGGUCAGAACUGUUCGUCCUCAACGCGUCUCAGUGUUCCAUGCCCCUCCACGUGGCGCCGUUACUGGCGGCUGCGGGACUCCACGCGUCGCCGAUGGCGGCCGACCGAGUCGUCGCCUUCAUGGACCACAUCAGGAUCUUCCAGGAGCAAGUGGAGAAGCUGAAAGCGCUCCACGUCGACUCGGCGGAGUAUUCCUGUCUGAAGGCCAUCGUCCUCUUCACGACAGAUGCGUGUGGUCUAUCAGACGUGCCGCACAUAGAAAGUCUACAAGAAAAGUCCCAGUGCGCCCUCGAGGAGUACUGCAGAAGUCAGUACCCCAACCAGCCCACGAGGUUCGGCAAACUCCUACUAAGACUACCUUCAUUACGGACAGUCAGCUCACAAGUUAUAGAACAGCUCUUCUUUGUGCGAUUAGUCGGGAAAACUCCCAUAGAGACCCUGAUCAGAGACAUGCUGCUCUCCGGGAACUCAUUCUCAUGGCCGUACAUGGCGACCAUGUGACAUACGAUGUGGAGGCAGCUGGCAGCGGCAUGAUCCACGCCUUACGGCUUCCCGCCGUACCUGCCGAGCCAGCGGUUCGACCCUUUCCAAAGGUACCAGCGCGAAGCCCAGCCUGAGGACGCCGUGACCUCCUCAAGCGAAUUCCACGAAACAGAAGCGAGCGAAGAGUACUUCGGGUCCAGAACCAGCAGGGAAAGCGAGAGAGCCGAUCCCUCUUUCGAUCCCAUAUCAGCUUUCUACGCUCCGAAAUCGAACGAGGAGUUCGAGACGACUUCGGAGACUCAAAAGAACGCGCAAAAAUCCCUGAUGAUAGACAAUCUGUUAAAUAUACGACAGGAGUGUACUAUACCUGACAUGAAGUAACGUUCAGUGGGGUCCCUAGUGUAUUAGUUAAAGUUUUUGUUCCUCUGUAAAAAUAGUUUACUAUUUAAUAUUGUAAAUAAAAUGUUUUUAUUAUUGUAAAUUGAUAGUUAAGAGUUUUUCUACGAUGAUGAAUGGAUUUUUUAUUUUAUUUUUUAUUAUAUUAUAUUUCUUUCUGAUUCUUCUUUUUGUAGAGAUUGUAUAAAAUCAAUUUUGGAUUGAUAACGCAAUAAGAUGUGCAUCGGUCGUACAAUGUCGGUGUGUAGUUGUAUGUUAGAAGUAGAGAAAGGUUUUCAAGGAUUAAGAAAACUUUUAUACGACUAAAUAGAUGUGAAGAAUCCUCAUUUCCUCAAUGAUUUUAAACUGGGAGUGGAAGGUGUGUUUAUAUUCAUAUCAGAAAGAGUAAAAUGUGUUCAUCUAAUACCUUACGGAACGCGUGGCAAUGAGACUUCUUGUAAAUAAACUUUUUACUAUUUUUUUUUUAAUUUUCUCCGAUGUCUUUGGUUAGAUGACAUUCCCAGUUUAAAAUCAUGAUCAAAGAGUUUUUAUCCACAAAUAUGAUUGGACGAGGUUCUUUCUUUUUUUAUUUUCCACUGGUGCUGUCAUAACUCAAAUAUUUAAGUAAGAUUUCGUCAUUUUGUUAUUUUAUCGAUUCCGUAAAGCAUUUAUAGGUGUGUAUCGUUCCUUUAAAAAAAAUAAUAAUCAAAAAUAAUCUUUUAAAUUAAAAAUAUAAAAAUUGUUUUUUUUUUGUUUCGUAUGUUUAAACAAUAGUGAGAAAUACAAAUUAUGUACACAUAGUAACUAUACAUUUAACUUAUAGCGCAACGAUUUUUUAUAAAAAAAACGUGUAAUUGUUUUAAUUUUUUCUUUUGUCGUUUGAAUCAGUAAACUUUUGAAUUUGCAAAAUAA